AGAUAACGUUAUUUGAUUUCUCUUACAUUUACAAAAUUUAUUAAACACCAUUUCAUCUACUUUAAUGUUUCAGGAAAUAUUAAUAACCAAAUUAUAUCACCAUUAAUGUAGUGCUCAAAUUGUAAUAUUUAGUCAAAUACGUUUCACUAAAACGAUGAUCACUAAAGUGAAUUUUAAAGAUGAAACAAAGGACGAAAAAAGUUGGCCACAAAUCCUUGCCUUGCUAAACGCUGCUUUGAUUGGAAUGGUAAGUGGCAUCGUUUUUGCAUGGCCAUCGCCGUAUAUUCUCAGAAUAGUUGCUGAUAAAGUAAAUUAUGAUAUUACCGAAGAACAAGCUUCCUACUUCACCACCGUCCACGUCAUUGGUUUAUUUAUACUUCCUGUAUUUCUGGUACCUGUGGUCAAUAUUAUUGGAAGGAAAAACUCGCUGCUUUUGGUAGCUUUACCAUACUCAAUUUGUUUUACAAUCAAGGCUUUUGCAAAUAAUUUAUGGUUGCUGUACGUUGCAAGGUUAUGUGGUGGAUUUGGCGAUGCCCUUCUCUUUGCCUCAAUGCCUGCAUAUAUUGGAGAAAUUUCUACACCGAGUGUCAGAGGCGUCUGGGGUAAUGCCUUCUUAUGCGUGGCUUAUAUUGGCCAAUUACUUAUAAAUAUACUGGGCAGCCUUUAUACUGUCCAACAAACUGCGUUAAUGGUAUUAGUUUUAAUAGCUUUCUUUUUGUUAACAUUUAUUUUUAGAGUGGAAAGUCCAUAUUUUCUAAUAAUGAAGGAUAGAUCUGAAGAGGCUAAAAAGAGUUUAAAAAUUCUAAGAGGAAAAGAAAAUGUUGAAUUAGAAUUUAAUCAAAUUACACUCGAUGUUAAGAGACAGAUGGCUGAAAACGGUUCUUACCUUCAACUAAUUAACAUAAAGGCCAAUCGUAGAGCGUUAACGGCUGCUACUUUUCUAAGAAUCUCGCAACUUCUCUCAGGAAUCUACGUAUUUACGUCAUAUACUCAGUUUAUUUUUCAAAAAGCAGGUGGUAACAUCAGCGCACAAGAUUCGUCUGUUAUUUAUAUAGGUGCAAUAUUAAUUUGUUAUGUAAGCGCCUCCUAUUUUUCUGAUAAACUAGGAAGAAGAAAAUCUUACAUAAUUUCUAUAUUCUUAUCAGCUUUAAUUAUGAUCUCGGAAGGUAUAUACUUUUAUAUUGACAUUAAUGUGCCGAGUAUAAACAUGAAAUCUGUAGAAUGGUUACCUUUAGCUGGUAUGCUGCUAUUUGUAUUAGUGUCGGCAUUUGGAAUUGGACUAAUACCAACUUUGAUGUUAGGUGAAUUAUUUUCAGCUAGUGUAAAAGUCAAAGGAGUUUGUAUUAGUACCAUGGUAUUUGCAGGCAGUUCAAUUCUUGUUAAUAAUAUUUUUUAUUACCUAAAUAGGUAUACUGGACUAUAUGGUCCGUUUUUCUUCUUUGCUUCUUGUAAUCUUAUUUCUACUGCUUUAGCAUACUUCAUUGUACCUGAAACCAAAGGAAAAACUCUAGAGGAAAUACAAGAGUAUCUUAGACAUAAGUAAAAAUUAUUUUU